GCUACUGUGCGUACAAAUAAAAUAUUUUCCGGAAGUAAACAAAUGGCGACGGAAGAAAUCUUGUCGUUGGAAAAUUUUACUUGCUCCAUUUGUCGUGAUGUGUACACCAAUCCUGUCUUAAUACCGUGUGGAAACAACCAUAUAGUGUGCAAAGAAUGUGUCAAGCAUGUCCUGGAAGAUCAGGAACCCAAGUGUCCUGUUUGCCGUACAAAAUUUCAGUCUAGAAGAAUUAAGCUUCAGGAUUCACUUGUUAGACGUAUGGCAAGCACUCAGCUUCCAUGUUUUGGAUGUAAUACACAGGUAUUGGUGUCCCAAAUGAACCAACAUCUGGCUGACUGUGAUAGGAUAGAUAAGAGUAUAACAUACUUCAAACCUGUGAAAGAAACAACUCAGAGAGUACCAAAAAAUUUGCCUAACAGAUCGACAUUCAAGUGUCCAUACUGUAAUUUGAAGAACCUGGAUACGACUGGUCUAGUGAAACACUGUAAUGAACAGCACAGCACAAUUUCUGCUCCUGUGGUGUGUCCGGUGUGUGCUUCUAUGCCAUGGGGAAAUAAAAAUCAGACAAGCAUGGAUUUUAUACAUCACCUGAAUAUGAGACACAAGUUUGAAUAUGAUACCUAUGUAGAUUACAAGCAAGAUGAUGAAGCAAUGCUGUUAGCUGCUAUACAGGCUUCAUUGAAGGAUUCCUGAUUACACAGUUACGUAGAUAUGUUGACAUUUAUGCAGGAAUGGCAAAGUAUAUCUGUCAGAAAGUUUGACGUGAAAGAAUCUUGAGUCGAAAAUUGUUCCUUGUAUGAAACGUUUUUAGUUCUGCUAUGCAGUUUUUUUAUUGAUGAUGGUAUGUUUGUAACUCUUUUAUGUGAUAAAAUGUUGUUUUGAUAAAAUGAGUGAUUUGCAAAUUCCACUUUAUUGAUCUAACAUCGUCAUGUAGUUCCGUUUAUGAUCGACAUUCAUUUACAUCCUGAUUUGAUUCAAAUAGAUCUUUUUUCUCCAAUUUGUCAUAAAUACAAAAGUUUCUCACUAAAAUGAGCAAACAUAAUUACUUUGUUUGCUGUAUUGAGUUACAGACGUAAUUUCAUGUCAAAUAGCGAAUUUCUAUAUAUCUUUUUGUUAUGAACGUUAGACAUUUCGUGACAGUCGGGCAUCUGGGUAGGGGCACAAGUAUUCAGCAUACUAGCUAGAAAACUUUGUCAGAUGAAAGAAUUCUAUAUACCUGUAGUAAGAUUUAACCCUGCUAAAUGUUUAGCUCACCUGAGCACAGUUUUUGUGAUCGCCAUGUGUCCGUCGUCGUCCGUCCGUCGUAAACAAUUUGACUGUUAACACUCUAGAGGUCACUAUUUUGGCCCAAUCUUAAUGAAACUUGGUCAGAAUGUUACCCUCAAUAAAAUCUCGGACGAGAUAGAUAUUGGGUCAUCUGGGAUCAAAAACUAGGUCACCAGGUUAAAUCAAAGGAAAAGCCUGUAAACAUUCUAGAGGCCACAUUUAUGAACAUAUCUUAAUGAAACUUGGUCAGAAUGUUAACCUUGAUGAUCUUUAGGUCAAGUUCAAAUCUGUGUCAGGUGGGGUCAAAAACUAGGUCACCCAGUCAAAUCAAAGGAAAAGCUUGUUAACACACUAAGAGGCCAUAUUUAUGACCCUAUCUUCAUGAAAUUGGUCAAAAUGUUUAUCUUGGUGAUCUUUAGCCAAAUUUGGCCAAGUUUGAAUCUGGGUCAUGUGGGGUCAAAAACUAGGGCACUAGGUCAGAUCAAAGAAAAAUCUUGUUAACACUCUAGGGUCCACAUUUUUUUUUUCAAUCUUCAUAAAACUUAGUCAGAAUGUUUGGUAUCAUGAAGUCUUGUAUGAUUUCAACUCUGAGUCAUGUAGGGUCAAAAACUAGGUCACUUAGUAAAAUCAAAGGAAAAGCUUGUUUAUACUCUAGAGGCCACUUUUUUGCUCCAAUCUUCACAAAACUUUGUCAGAAUGUUUGUUUUCAUGAAAUCAUGGACGAGUUUUAAUCUGGGUCAUUUGGGGUCAAAAACUAGGUCACAAGGUCAAAUGAAAGAAAAUGCUUGUAUACACUCGGGCAACUUUUUUGGUCCAAUCUUAAUGAAAAUUGGUCAGAAUAUUUGUCUCCAUGAAAUUUCGGACAGGUUAAAAAUUAGGUCUGGUUGGGUAAAAAACUAGGUUACUAGGCCAUAUCAAAGAAAAAAACACUAGAGGCCACAUAUUUGCUCCAAUCUUUAUGAAACUUGGUCAGAAUGUUUAUCUCCUUGAAAACUCGGACAAUAUGAAACUGGGUCAUGUGGUGUCAAAAACUGAGUCACUAGGUCAAACAUGUUUGUUAUGAUGUGUUACUCUGGUGAGCGACCUAGGGCGACCAUGGCCCUCUUGUUUGAAAAUACUUCUAUAUGUGGGUUAAUAUGAUUUAAUGGAGUAUCGUUUAAUGUUGAGGGAAAUGAACAAUAUACUCUAGUUAUCAUGGGUUCGGAGUGGUCCAAACAGUAAAUACAUAUUAAAAAAAAUUGACCAAGGACAAAGUGUGCUUAACAAGCACAGGAGCUUGAGCCAUCAAUGCUAGAACAAGUAGUGAUUACAUGUAUUUAUCAUUUGAGUAGAGAUUAUUUUCCAGUCUUUUUCCUUUAAACCUUUUUAUCCUCCCAAAUAGUCAAUAAUAUUUCAUUGUUAUUAUAUAUAAAUAUUAUAGAGUAUGUACAUAUAUAAUAUAAAUGUUUGUGUGUGUGAUGUUGAUUUAAGGUAAUGGAAAACAUAAUGAUAAUCAGAAAUUUACCUGCGAUUACUUGUUAUCAUAUAUGUUUUUGGCAGUAAUAGAAAAUUGCGUUUUCAUAUCAGCCAGAAAAUGCUGGAACAGUGUGUGGAGAGAAUGUAUCACUACUUGAAUCAAAUUAAUCCAGUUUUUAUUACCGUACAUGUCCACUCAAGUCAAAGCAUAUGGUUAGGUUGCAACUUGCAAGUUUAUAAAAUGUUAUUUAUAGCUGUUCCCCGAUUUUGACCGGUGAUGCUAGAUGAUCAAGAAGGCGAGUUAAAUAACUGCUGUGUUAUUACAUGAUGUUGCGCAGAACACCACAUUCUAUUUUUAGCACAGAAAGUUCUGAAAUUUCAGGCUUGCUAGUUGGGUUUAAUUUACAGAAAAUUAAAGUUACAGGAUAAAAAAAUCAGUAAACAGUUUUUAACAAAGUUUUUUUUCUUUCAAUUAUCGUAUGAAAAGUUACUUAAGCAAUAAGUGGAGCUUCAGGAUAUAUGUUUUUGAUUAGAGGACAAGUUGUUCAUAUGCAUGUAACUUUUUUGUCUGUUCACUGUCAGUUUGUUACUGUUUCGGUUGAUUCAGUGUGUUGCAGUUUUGUUAAUCCCCCGCCGUGGCGGAGGGAUUAUAGGAAUGGUCUGCGUCCGUCCUUCCGUCCGUAACAAAAUCGUGUCCGGUCCAUAUCUCCUAAACCCCUUGAAGGAUUUUCAUGAAACUUGGGUCAAAUGAUCACCUCAUCAAGACGAUGUGCAGAACCCAUGAGUCAGCCUUGUCAGUUCAAGGUCAAGGUCACAACUCAAGGUCAAAGGUUUGAGCCUGCCAUUUUGUGUCUGCUCUAUAUCUCUUAAACCCCUUGAAGGAAUUUUAUAAAACUUGGGUCAAAUGAUCACCUCAUCAAGACGAUAUGCAGAACCCAUGAGUCAGUCAUGCCGGCUCAAGGUCAAGGUCACAGCUUAGGGUCAAAGGUUUGAGCCUUCCAUUUUGUGUCUGCUCUAUAUCUCCUAAACCCCUUGAAGGAUUUUCAUCAAACUUGGGUCAAAUGAUCACCUCAUUAAGGCGAUGUGCAGAACUAAUGAGUCAGCCAUGUCAGCUCAAGGUCAAGGUCACAACUGAAGGUCAAAGGUUUGAGCCUUCCAUUUCGUGUCCGCUCUAUAUCUCCUAAACCCCUUGAAGGAAUUUUAUAAAACCUGGGUCAAAUGAUUACCUCAUCAGAACGAUGUGCAGAAAUUAUGAGUCAACCAUGCCAGCUCAAGGUCAAGGUCACAACUAAGGGUCGAAGGUUUGAGCCUUCCAUUUGGUGUCCACUCUGUAUCUCCUUAACCCCUUGAAGGAUUUUCAUCAAACUUGUGUCAAAUGAUCACCUCAUCAAGAACUCAUGAGUCAGCCAUGUCAACUCAAGGUCAAGGUCACAACUGAAGGUCAAAGGUUUCAGCUCUGUUUCUCCUAAACCCCUUGAAGGAUUUUCAUGAAACUUUGGCCAAAUGAUCACCUCAUCAAGAUGUUGUGCAGAAUUCAUGAGUCAGCCAUGUCAGUUCAAGGUCAAGGUCACAGCUAAAAUCAAAGGUUUAUCCUUUCACUAUCUAUAGCAGUGGCGGGGGAUUUAGCUGUCUUUCAGACUGCCUUGUUUUAUUAUUAGAUGUAUCUCUGUAAAGAUUUAUGAAUGAAGUUGUUUACAUUUGUUUCUAUAUACAUGUUUGUUUCUUACAUAUCCAUUAAUAUAUUUCAAUGUAUUUUAUUCAAGAAAUAAUAUAUCCCAAACAGUUAUUGGUUGUUGAAUAAAAUUGUGUCACGAGGACUGUGUAAUAACAGCACUAAGGACAAUGGUUUUAUUCAAGAGAUAAUCACUGUUUGAGAUAUAUUAUUUUGAUUCUAACACAUUUGCAAGGGUUAUUUACAUCUUUGAUGACAUCCACAAAAUAUUUACCUGUUUUGUGUGGUUUUCUUUUCCAGUGCGCCACUAUACAGCAUUCUUACCCAUUGCGGGUCGUCGUAAUCCCCCCCUUCAGACGAACCUCUGAUUUAUUUAUUUUUAUUAGCUCACCUGUCACAAAGUGACAAGGUGACCUUUUGUGAUCGCGCGGUGUCCCGUCGUCCGUGCGUCCGUAAACUUUUGCUUGUGACCACUCUAGAGGUCACAUUUUUUGUGGGAUCUUUAUAAAAGUUGAUCAGAAUGUUCAUCUUGAUGAUAUCUAGGUCAAGUUCGAAACUGGGUCACGUGCCGACAAAAACUAGGUCAGUAGGUCUAAAAAUAGAAAAACCUUGUGACCUCUCUAGAGGCCAUAUAUUUCACAAGAUCUUCAUGAAAAUUGGUCAGAAUGUUCAUCUUGAUGAUAUCUAGGUCAAGUUCGAAACUGGGUCACGUGCCAUCAAAAACUAGGUCAGUAGGUCUAAAAAUAGAAAAACCUUGUGACCUCUCUAGAGGCCAUAUAUUUCAUGAGAUCUUCAUGAAACUUGGUCAGAAUGUUCACCUUGAUGAUAUCUAGGUCAAGUUCGAAACUGGGUCACAUGCCUUUAAAAACUAGGUCAGUAGGUCAGAUAAUAGAAAAACCUUGUGACCUCUCUAAAGGCCAUAUUUUUCAUUGGAUCUGUAUGAAAGUUGGUCUGACUGUUCAUCUUGAUGAUAUCUAGGUCAGGUUUGAAACUGGGUCCCGUGCGGUCAAAAACUAGGUCAGUAGGUCUAAAAAUAGAAAAACCUUGUGACCUCUCUAGAGGCCAUAUAUUUCAUGAGAUCUUCAUGAAAAUUGGUCAGAAUGUUCACCUUGAUGAUAUCUAGGUCAAAUUCGAAAGUGGGUCACGUGCCAUCAACAACUAGGUCAGUACGUCAAAUAAUAGAAAAACCUUGUGACCUCUCUAGAGGCAAUUUUUUUCAUGGGAUCUGUAUGAAAGUUGGUCUGAAUGUUCAUCUUGAUGAUAUCUAGGUCAAGUUCGAAACAGGGUCAUGUGCGGUCAAAAACUAGGUCAGUAGGUCUAAAAAUAGAAAAACCUUGUGACCUCUCUAGAGGCCAUACUUGUGAAUGGAUCUCCAUAAAAAUUGGUCAGAAUGUUCAUCUUGAUGAUAUCUAGGUCCUGUUUGAAAGUGGGUCACGUGCCUUCAAAAAGUAGGUCAUUAGGUCAGAUAAUGAAAAAAUGUUGUGACCUCUCUAGAGGCCAUAUUUUUCAUAGGAUCUGUAUGAAAGUCAGUCUGAAUGUUGGUCUUGAUGAUAUAUAGGUCAAGUUUGAAACUGGGUCAACUGCAAUCAAAAACUAGGUCAGUAGGUCUUGAAAUAGAAAAACCUUGUGACCUCUCUAGAGGCCAUACCCUUGAAUGGAUCUUCAUGAAAAUUGGUCAGAAUGUUCACCUUGAUGAUAUCUAGGUCAAGUUUGAAAUGGGUCACAUGCCUUAAAAAACUAGGUCAGUAGGUCAAAUAAUAAAAAAACCUUGUGACCUCUCUAGAGGCCAUACUUUUCAUGGGAUCUGUAUGAAAGUUGGCCUGAAUGUUCAUCUUGAUGAUAUCUAGGUCAAGUUUGAAAUUGGGUCAACUGCGGUCAAAAACUAGGUCAGUAGGUCUAAAAUAAGAAAAAUCUUUUGACCUCUCUAGAGGCCAUAUUUUUCAAUGGAUUUUCAUAAAAAUGGAUCUGAAUGUUCACCUUGAUGAUAUCUAGGUCAGUUUAGAAACUGGGUAAUGUUCAAUCAAAAACUAGGCCAGUAGGUAUAAAAAUAGAAAAACCUUGUGACCUCUCUAGAGGCCAUAUUUUUCAUGAGAUCUUCAUGAAAAUUAGUGAGAUUAUUCACCUUGAUGAUAUCUAGGGAAAGUUCAAAACAGGAUCACGUAUCCUCGAAAACUAGGUCAAUAGGUCAAAUAAUAGAAAAACCUUGUGACCUCUCUAGAGACCAUAUUUUUCAAUGGAUCUUCAUGAAAAUUGGUCAGCAUUUUUAUCUUGAUAAUAUCUAGGUCAGAUUCAAAACUGGGUCACAUGAGCUCAAAAACUAGGCCACUAUGUCAAAUAAUAGAAAAAACAACGUCAUACUCAAAACUGGGUCAUGUGGGAAGAGGUGAGCGAUUCAGGACCAUCAUGGUCCUCUUGUUUAUCUGGUGAGCAUACGCACUUGUAAAUACCAUCGAGAAUGGAUUCAGCCAAUCAGUGUUCACCAUUAUUACCGUAGUCAUACCGACUUGAAAAUUUAAACAAGAUCUUAGCCAAAUAUUUGGUCAUAAUGAAUUAAGAAGAUACUACAUUACUCACUGAGAUUAAUAAAGAUUAAUUUCUGUAAUCGGAUGUUUAAAAAUUUACCUCAAGAAAUAAGGAUAUUCCUUAUGAUUCGGUGUUGAUAUUGAAGUCGACGUGGUCACUCUUUUCUCGGCUGAUUUUGAUUAGUUCGCUAAGAUUUUGUGCAAAAUAUCGCUGAUUGGCUGAAACGUUUUACCUGUAAUGUUGCCAAACUAAAAAUACCAGCAAAAUGUGCCAGAGGUUAAACUAGGGAGCCAUGAUAAACCUCUGGUAUGCGAGAAUGCUACGACGGUCAACACUAGGUUAUAAAAAGUGUGGAGUUAGAACUGAUUGUGUUGCAUAAUAACACAUUCAUUGUUUCACAAGAAAAUAAAUCAGGUUAUGCUCGAGUUGACGUUAUAAUGAAUUAUAUUAAUCUGUUAAAGUAAUGGUGAUAAGGCCUAAAAAUAUCACUGAGAGAGCACUCGACCAAAAAAAUAAAAGCUACCUCAGGUAAGCUGGCCUUUCCCCCCCCCCCCCCCCCCCCCCCAACCCCGUUAGACAUAAACUCUAUGAUAUACAUGUAAAUAAUAUUAGGCAACUUUUUUCUUCCCUGGUUAAAGUUUUGCAUGCAAGUUACUAUCUCCAAAACUAAUGCAGAUACUGGACUGAAACUCUAUAGGUAUUUUCACAUUCAGGGUAAUAUUCCUGCUUCUGGGACACUUUGAAUAGUUGAGUAGUUGAGCAUUGGCUGUCUUAGGGACAGCUCUUGUUAAUGUUUUAUGCUAGAAUAGCAUUAGAGCAUAUUCAUUUAAUGUUAUAACAUCUUCGCAAUACCUCAUGAUACAUUGAAACCUUCGCCCUAUUGGGCUCGGGUACAAGCCAGUCCCCUACGAUUCUACAGAUGUUAUAACACGAAAAAACAUGCAUUACCUCUACAUUCAAGUAACAGGUAUUUUUCAAAAGUUGUGAAAUAACUGUCCUUGUAAUUUGCAUUUUUUUAGCUCACCUGUCACAAAGUGACAAGGUGAGCUUUUGUGAUCGCGCGGUGUCCGUCGUCCGUCUGUCAGUCAGUCCGUGCGUCCGUAAACUUUUGCUUGUGACCACUCUAGAGGUCACAUUUUUCAUGCGAUCUUUAUGAAAAUUGGUCAGAAUGUUCAUCUUGAUGAUAUCUAGGUCAAGUUCAAAACUGGGUCACGUGCCUUCAAAAACUAGGUCAGUAGGUCUAAAAAUAGAAAAACAUUGUGACCUCUCUAGAGGCCAUAUAUUUCACAAGAUCUUCAUAAAAAUUGGUCAGAAUGUUCACCUUGAUGAUAUCUAGGUCAAGUUCGAAACUGGGUCACGUAUCAUCAAAAACUAGGUCAGUAGGUCUAAAAAUAGAAAAACCUUGUGACCUCUCUAGAGGCCAAAUAUUUCACAAGAUCUUCAUGAAAAUUGGUCAGAACAUUCACCUUGAUGAUAUCUAGGCCAAGUUCAAAACUGGGUCACGUGCCAUCAAAAACUAGGUCAGUAAGUCAAAUAAUAGAAAAACCUUGUGACCUCUCUAAAGGCCAUAUUUUUCAUGGGAUCUGUAUGAGAGUUGGUCUGAAUGUUCAUCUUGAUGAUAUCUAGGUCAAGUUCGAAACUGGGUCACGUGCGGUCAAAAACUAGGUCAGUAGGUCUAAAAAUAGAAAAACCUUGUGACCUCUCUAGAGGCCAUAUAUUUCAUGAGAUCUUCAUGAAAAUUGGUCAGAAUGUUCAUCUUGAUGAUAUCUAGGUCAAGUUUGAAACUGGGUCACAUGCCUUCAAAAACUAGGUCAGUAGGUCAAAUAAUAGAAAAACCUUGUGACCUCUCUAGAGGCAAUAUUUUUCAUGGGAUCUGUAUGAAAGUUGGUCUGAAUGUUCAUCUUGAUGAUAUCUAGGUCAAGUUCGAAAGUGGGUCACAUGCCAUCAAAAAUAGGUCAGUAGGUCAAAUAAUAGAAAAACCUUGUGACCUCUCUAGAAGCCAUAUUUUUCAAUGGAUCUUCAUGAAAAUUGAUCUGAAUAUUCACCUUGAUGAUAUCUAGGUCAGUUUCGAAACUGGGUCACGUUCGGUCAAAAACUAGGCCAGAAGGUAUAAAAAUAGAAAAACCUUGUGACCUCUCUAGAGGCAAUAUUUUUCAUGAGAUCUUCAUGAAAAUUAGUGAGAAUGUUCUCCUUGAUGAUAUCUAGGUAAAGUUCAAAACAGGGUCACGUACCUUCGAAAACUAAGUCAAUAGGUCAAAUAAUAGAAAAACCUUGUGACCUCUCUAGAGACCAUAUUUUUCAAUGGAUCUUCAUGAAAAUUGGUCAGAAUUUUUAUCUUGGUAAUAUCUAGGUCAAGUUCAAAACUGGGUCACAUGGGCUCAAAAACUAGGUCAGUAUGUCAAAUAAUAGAAAAAAACGAGGUCAUACUCAAAACUGGGUCAUGUGGGAAGAGGUGAGCGAUUCAGGACCAUCAUGGUCCUCUUGUUUUAUUGAUUGUUUUGUUUGAUUUUUGUAAACAAGUGUCAGAAGUUUUACUUGUGUACAGGAGUUUGCUGUCUGCCUCAUCUAUUGUUUGCACAUAGUACAUAAUAUAUUGUCUAAUAUUUUCUAUAUUCUUUAUUAUUUCAGAUUGUUCUUAACAAGUGUCAGAAGUUUUACUUGUGUACAGGAGUUUGCUGUCUGCCUCAUCUAUUGUUUGCACAUAGUACAUAAUAUAUUGUCUAAUAUUUUCUAUAUUCUUUAUUAUUUCAGAUUGUUCUUAACUUAAGUAAUAUUUUAAUCGUAUCUCACAUGCAUGUAUGGUCAGGUAAAACAAAGUUGUCUCAAGUUUUAAGUAAUUAGAAAAGCAACAAACUGGGCGCUUACAACAGUCUUUUCAUUCGGAAUUUAUUAAACAAGUUUAAUAAAGGAAUAAAAUGCAAGGUUAAAGGGUAAGGAAAGGCUGAAAAUAAGUUAAUUUUAUAUGAAAGCCAUCAUCAAGCCUUUCAUAAUGCUGAAAGAAUUUUUAAAAUCGGACAACUAUUGAAAAAGAUAUGGCAGUUUGAAAAUUAAGAAAAUGGCUGAUAAUGGAGGCAGCCAUUUUAGUGUGUAUAUGACGUCAUUUACACACUGCUGAAUAUUUUAUUUAGCAAAUAACCUAUUAAAAGACUAAUUUUCAUAUGUUUCUUGAGUGUGAGGUGUAAAACAUGAGAAUUUCUUUCAUUAUAGCUGGAAAAAGUAGAGAAAUUUUACAGUAAUAAGUAAACGCAGUUCAAAUGUGUAUCUAAAAAUGUAAUAAAUCCGCCAUUUUUUUUUGUUGCCAUGGAAACAAAAUGGCUGCCAAUUUGACAAAAUAUUUAAAUGCACAUAACUUUUUCAUUUUUACUCGAUUUUGAAAUUCUUUCACUACUUUAAAUGGUUUAUGAAAUCCAAGCUGACAAAAUUAACACAAGAACAACGUUGCCUUUCCCUUUAAAUAGAUUCAAGUCUGGAAAAAUAAAAUGUCAGGUUGUUUUUUAUCAGGUGUAAACUUUUCUGUUUAAUUGUCAAAAUUUGUUUUAUAGACCAAGUAACCAGUAAAUAAACCAAUGUUUUCUAUACCUGAAACAGUAUAUGACAAGGGAUCUUGUCAUUUCAACAUCACGCAUGUGAUAAAUACACUUAUUUACUAUACUGGCACUUCAAAAAGCUUUCCUUCCCUCUCACAUCUUUAUUUAAUAUUUGUAUGUAGAAAAUAACUGUAUAUGGUCUUUUGAAACCAUUGUUUAGGUGUUAUAUUAUUUUACUUUGUUGACGUAGAUGCAUUUUGUUGUUUUCAAAUGAAAAAAAGGGAAAAAUAAAAAUCAGACAUUUCA